AUGGCCACAGACGUCGCAUUCGAUACGAGCAUGGGCUCGUUCACGGUCGAGCUUUACAAUGCGCAUGCACCCAAGACUUGCAAGAACUUUGCGACUCUCGCGCAAAGGGGUUAUUAUAACAACGUGAUCUUCCACCGCAUCAUCCCGAAUUUCAUGGUCCAGACAGGCGACCCGACCGGCACGGGUCGUGGAGGAAGUUCCAUCUACGGCGAGAAGUUUGAGGACGAGAUCCGCUCGGAUCUGAAGCAUACCGGGGCUGGAAUCUUGAGCAUGGCUAAUAGCGGACCGAACACCAACGGGAGUCAAUUCUUCAUUACGCUUGCGCCGACGCCGUGGCUGGACGGAAAGCACACCAUCUUCGGCCGGGUCAAGAGUGGAAUGCGAGUCAUCCAGCGCAUGGGACUGGUGAAGACGAACGGCGAGGACAGACCGGUGGACGAGGUUAAGAUUAUUCGCGCCAGAGUGGUGGAAGAGGGAGGCGAUGAGUGA